AUGUAAAAUGAAAUAGCUAUGUUAAAGAUGCAAAUGGGUAUAAUGGAAAAGGAUUAUAAAAGAAGAAUUCAAAUCCUAGAAGAUAGAAAUGUUGAUUUAACAUUAUAAUUAGAGGAAACCAGAAGAAGUGCAGAAUAAAGAGUUGAUAAUCUCUACAAAGAAAUGAAGUAAUCAGCUAUUUCAACUGUAAGUGAACCUAUCAUCAAAUAUGAAUACAUUAAGACACCUCAAACAUCAUCUAUUAAGUAAUUAAAUAAUUACAAUUAUCAAUCUCAAACUUCACAGUAGUCAAAUCGUCAGUUGGAAAAUCUCAAUCUAGUUUUAGAAACUAAAAUGUAAGAAAUCAAGGCUUUAGAGGAAAGGUUGUUAUUAAUGAAAUAAUAAUACUAAUAAUAGUAGGAUUAAUUAACAUAGCACUAUGAGAAUAUUUUGAAGACAAAAAUAAAGAAUGAGUUAGCAGCAUUAAACGUCUAACAUGAAAAGUAGGUUCAGUAAUAUUAAAUUGAAAUUUUUAAUUGGUAAUACAAAAUCAAAGGGCAAGAUGAAAGGUUUAAGAAAAUUAUUGAUGAGAAAGAUAGAUUGAUUGAGGAAUUAUAAUUUAGAAUAUCAGAAUUUGAGAAUAACGAUCUCAAAGAUUAAAUGAAAUAAAUGCAAGAGGCAAAUAUUCGAUUAAAAGAAGAAUAUAAUAUGAUGAAGAAAGACUUCAAUGCUGAAUUAGAAUUAUUGAAUGAUAAACAUUAAGGUGAUCUAUAACUUGCUUUCUAAUAAGGGUUCGAAUAAGCAGAUAACAAUUAAAAGGUUUCUUUAGAAUUAUAAAAAAUUAAUGGUUUAUACAAAUAAACUAAUGAAAAGGCUUUGAAACUUGAAGCUGAAAACAGAUAGAUUAAUUUAUUACUAGCCACAUAUUAAUAAGAAAUCUAAGAAUGGAAAGACAAGUAUCAAACAACGAUUAUUAAAUAAAAAGAAGAAAUUGAAAAAUUGAGAUAAAGUUUUGAUAGAUAAAAAAAAGAAUAAUUAGAUCUAACUUUCAAUGCAGAAUAUUUAUAAGAGAAAAAUAAGCUUUUAUUUUAAUUAGAAUAAUGUAAUAAAUAAAUUUAAUAGCUUCAAUAAAUAAAUGAAAAAAAUGAAAGAGAAUUAAAAUCAUUUUAUAGUGAAUAAUUCAAUUCUACAUAAUUAAAUAAUGAAAUUUAAUAAUUGUAAAGAUAAUUACAAAUAAGUACUAGCGAUUUUGAAAAUUACAAAAAAAAAUCCGUCAAAAUUGAAAAAUAAUAGCAAGAUGAUAUUUCUAGAUUAACAUUGGAAUUAAAAAAUAUUAAAAAUAACUUAGCCAAUAGCACUGAAGAUAGGCAUAAAGCAUUAUAAGAAAAAUAAAUUGAAUUAGAUCAAUUAAAAACUAAACUCUAUGAGUUUGAGCAAUAAAAUAGAAAUUAUGUAACUGAAAUAGAAAGGUUAAAAAAAGAAAUAAAACAAUAAAAAUAAUAAUAUUAAGUAUAAAUUGAGAAAAUGAAUGAAGAAAUAAGCUAACUAAAUGAGAAGAUUAGUUUAUUAUCUAUGGAGAGAUAUAACUUUGAACAAUAAUUGGCUAAAUAAAAAUAAUAAAAUGAAUAAAUGGAAGGUUUAUAAAAAAACUUAUAAAAUAAUUUGUUGUAAUUUAAUCAAGCAAUUGAGUAAUUAAAUUAGGAAUUAGAUGAAGAAAAAAAUAAUACAUAAUUACUAUUAAAUAAGGAAUAUAAUUAUAAAUAAUAAAUUUAAUAAUUAAAUAAACAAGUGAAAGAGUUGGAAUAUUAGAAUGAAUAAUUAAUUUAAGAAAUCCAAAACAUUUAAGAUCAAAUUUCAUCUUAUGAAUCUGAAUUAUAAAAUAUUGAUCUUGAAAGAAAGAAGAAAUAAUAAUAAAUAGAAAAUUUGGAAAAAAAAUACAAAAAUGCAAUUGAUGAAUUAUAAAUUAAAGAUGAUGAAUUGAAUGAAUUAACUACAAAUCAUUAUAAUGAAUUAGAACAACAAAAGUCUGAUUAUAUAAGAUAAUUUGAAUAGUAGAGAAGAGAAGUGUAAAAAUUAGUGAAUUCAAUUUAAGAUAAAGAAAUUUAGAAUUAAUAAUAUCAAGAUUAGCUUAUAAAAUUAGAAUCUGAAAACAGUAAGUUGAGAAAUUAAAUUUAAUUUUUGCAAAUAGAAAAUAAUGAGAUGGAGUAGUAAAUAAGAAAAUAAUAGGUUUAAUUUUAGAGCAAUAUUGAUAAACUAGCAGAUUAGGAAGUUUAAAGAAAUUCUUUAAUAGAAAGACAUUCAUAAAUGAAUUAUUGA